AUGGUUCAGUCCAAAGGGUUCAGAGGUCUCCGAUUGGCUGGUGCCACAACGGCAGCGCUGAGUUUUCCCGCCUCACAAAUCUUCACCAACUGUGACUACUUCCCUGCUGAAUUCUCAUUGGUUGCCACCAUCAAGAUCCCAAAACUGAGACAGAAGAGGAAGCAGUACCUCUUCUCUGUGGUGGACGAGAGCUCGGAUUUGCUGUUGCUGGGUUUAUGUGUCUCUGAGAACCGCCUCCACUUUGUGACUACAUCCUCUGCUGCUGGUGGGCGGGGCCGGCUGAGCUUUAAAGAUGUGGGGUUGGACGAUAACCGCUGGCACACCGUGGUGCUGGCCAUCACCGGACCGUACGCCACACUGACUGUGGACUGUGGACUUCCUCUGGAGCGUAAACAGGUCCAGUCAUUUCCUGGCGCUCUGAGCACCAGAGGGUCCAGGUUCUUUGUCGGCAGCAGGAGACGGUGGAGGGGACGUUUCUCUGGUCUACUGCGUCAGCUGGUCCUACUUCCUGGUUCUGAUGCCACGCCCAGACUGUGUCCGACCUCUGACCCCAGUCUGGCCGAGCUGUCCGUCCCUCAAGUCCUCAAGUCCACCCCUCUCCAGCCAGACCAUCAGGGACAAGUUUACCCAUACG